AACGCGAUAGACGACACAUGUCACAGGAUUAUUUUAGGUUAUCUUCGACUGUCAUGCCUGUGUCGAUGGAUGGUUUUAUUUGCUUUUUUUUAAUACAAGUGAGAUAAACACAGCCGACAUUGCUCCAUCGCUGCCGAUUCCUUCAAAUAUCGAGUGCUUCGUCCAAUUUGCUGUCAUCAAACAUCAUUCGCAAGCACAUCUAAAGAUGAUCACAAAACGGUAUUCGUUCGUAAACUACCUAAUUCAUAUCAGAAGAGCACAUUUUGAUAUUCAGCCGAGCACUAAAAGGAAAAUAUUUCUGCCGAAUCCUGAUAAACCAAAACCAAAGAAACUCAAGAAACCGACACCUCUGCCCCGCGUCGAAAAGGUUUUCGGGCCACGAAGAAACAAACUCGAUAUACAAAUGCUGUCCAAAGCUAUCUACGAUCAAGUUUUCAUAGAAGGUUACAGAGACACUUGUAAACCUGACGUGUUAGAGCAGUGCGCUAAAGAGCUCGCCAAACAUGGUAUGCAGAGCAACGAAAACACUUGUAUGGGUGAUGUCGAUUACAAGAUUCCACCGAUCCAAGGUAAGAAUAUUGAAGAGCAUUUUAGGAUCAUAGCGGACCUCCAGUUGAUGCCUUACAGAUGUUUAUUAGUUGAUCUAUUGGGACCAAUGCCUGACCCACCUAAGGAAUGGGUUAAGGAAGCUGGCUGGACUAGGUAUGCCCCACGACGUGCACCAGAAAAGGUUCCAUACCCUUUAGAAGAUGCUGUUGUGUUUGAUGUUGAGGUCUGCGUUUCAGCUGGUAAAACACCCACCUUGGCGACAGCAGCAAGUUCUGAAGCGUGGUAUGGUUGGGUCAGUCCUUCAUUGAUAGAUGGUACAAGCAAGGCAGUUACGUCAAACGAAUAUUCUGUUGCUUCCCUGAUACCACUGGAAAGCACAGAUAAAGAUGACGGUAUGCAUUUGUCAGAAUAUCAAAGAAAACCAAAGAUUGUUGUUGGACACAAUGUCUCAUAUGAUAGAGCUAGGAUUAAGGAGCAGUACUGGUUGAACAGAACUGGUACUAGAUUUGUAGAUACAAUGAGCUUACAUAUUUCAAUCGGUGGAUUAACAAGUUACCAGAGAAGCGUUUUGAAAUCUGAAAAGUUCAAUGAUGAAGAUGAAACUUGGAAAAAUUUCAGUUCCUUGAACAGUCUAGCAGAUUGUUAUAAACUAUACUGUGAUGCAACAUUAGACAAAGCCACAAGAGAUCUAUUUGUUACUGGUACUUUAUCAGAGAUAAACUCCGAGUUCCAGACUGUGAUGAAGUAUUGUAGCGGUGAUGUCAUAGCUACCUGUGAUAUAUUUAAAGUACUAUUCCCUAUGUUUUCCGAACGUUUUCCGCACCCAGCGACUUUAGCAGGUAUGCUAGAGUUGGGUACUGCUUAUUUGCCAGUAAAUUCAAACUGGUCAAGAUAUAUAUCUGAUUCUGAACAAGCUUAUGAGGAUUUAGAUAUCGAAGGUAGAAUAUUGCUUGCCAGAAGAGCAGACCAAGCCUGUCAAAUGCUACACGAUGAAAAAUAUAAAGAAGACUUGUGGAUGUGGGAUCAAGAUUGGGAAGUAAAGAAUAUAAAGCUAAGAAAACGAAUUGUUAAAAAGAAAAAGGAACCACCCCCGGUACCCCCCACGCAAUGUCACAAAAGUCAAGUCGACCAGUCAGUAAAUGACCCUAAUGACCUAGACACCGAAGAAAUCGAUGAAUUAGAGGAGAAGUUCAGGUACUUAUCGGCCACCAAGGAAUACCUGCCAUCAGUAAAGAUCCUACUGCCCGGUUACCCGAAUUGGUACCGAAAACUGUGCACCAAACCGGACUCGUCUCCAUUGUGGAUUCCAGGACCUCAUCUCAUCAGCACGUCGAUGCAGAUCACACCGAAACUGCUUUCGCUGACGUGGGAGGGUUACCCUCUUCAUUACAUUCGCGAUCUCGGUUGGGGUUUCUUGGUACCAUUUUCAGAUGACUCGGAAGUAGAGAGAAAGCUGCCUCUAGCGAAAUUAUUGGAGAAAUGCCCUUUGAGGGUCACUAAGGACGGAUCGAACACUUGGGAGGCGAUGCAGCAGAUAUCCAACUCGGUACAACAGGAUCUUUCGAAAAAGCAGUACUUUGAUAGGAUGAAAGGGGACAAGACUGGAGGCCAGUACCAAGGUACUGGAAUUUGGUGCAAUACCGUAAUAGAAGAUUGUUGUUGGUUUUUCAAACUACCUCACAAAGACGGACCAUCUCGAAAUGUAGGAAAUCCGUUGGCUAAAGAUUAUCUGACCAAAUUUUCCGACAACGUUUUGGCUGGCGAUACGGAGAGUGCGGAACAAGUUCUGUCAAUUGCUAGAAAACUAUCUUAUUGGAGAAAUAAUAGAGCUCGAAUUAUGGACCAGAUGGUUGUGUGGUUGAACAAGCAGGAUUUGCCCAAGGAGCUGCAAGAAUCUACGGACAAUUUUGGUGCGAUCAUACCCCAAGUGGUAGUUUGUGGUACACUUACUCGAAGAGCUGUAGAAUCCACAUGGAUGACAGCUUCAAACGCACACCCGGAAAGAAUUGGAUCUGAGCUCAGAGCGAUGGUUCAGGCUCCUCCUGGUUAUAACAUCGUGGGUGCCGAUGUCGAUUCGCAAGAGCUGUGGAUAGCUUCUGUAAUAGGGGAUUCCCGCCAUGCGGCGAUGCACGGCUGCACACCGUUGGGAUGGAUGACGUUAAGCGGAAACAAAUCUGAAGGGACGGACAUGCACAGCGUCACCGCAAAGGCAGUCGGCAUCAGCAGAGACCACGCCAAGGUCAUCAACUACGCUAGAAUCUACGGUGCCGGCCAGAAUUUCGCCGAAAGGUUACUGAAACAGUUCAAUCCGACCAUGUCCGAGACCGAAGCGAGAAGCAAAGCGCGGAAAAUGUUCGACAUGACCAAGGGAAAGAAGUUUUAUUAUCUGACGCGGGAGUAUGUACAUGAAUUUGGCGAUCAUCCGUUCACGAAAUGGCAAGCUAUGGAACUGGCCAAGGCGCACGGGAAAAAAGUGUCGGAGAUGUUUGAGACGUCAAGUGGGUCGGAGGCACCGAGUCCGCCAUGUUCAACAGGCUGGAAGAGAUUGCGAACAGCGACAGGCCUACCACUCCAUUUUUAGGUACUGGAAUUUGGUGCAAUACCGUAAUAGAAGAUUGUUGUUGGUUUUUCAAACUACCUCACAAAGACGGACCAUCUCGAAAUGUAGGAAAUCCGUUGGCUAAAGAUUAUCUGACCAAAUUUUCCGACAACGUUUUGGCUGGCGAUACGGAGAGUGCGGAACAAGUUCUGUCAAUUGCUAGAAAACUAUCUUAUUGGAGAAAUAAUAGAGCUCGAAUUAUGGACCAGAUGGUUGUGUGGCUGAACAAGCAGGAUUUGCCCAUGGAGCUGCACGAAUCUACGGGUUUGUGUAUAAAUAAUAAUACCGCGCAUCAUCAACUUAAGUUCUUCCUUGACUUUAUCUAACAUCAAAACAACCAAACGUUACAAAUUUAACCACAAACCAUAAACGUGCCAUCUAAUUUUCCAUCUUCCAGACAAUUUUGGUGCGAUCAUACCCCAAGUGGUAGUUUGUGGUACACUUACUCGAAGAGCUGUAGAAUCCACGUGGAUGACAGCUUCAAACGCACACCCAGAAAGAAUUGGAUCGGAGCUCAGAGCGAUGGUUCAGGCUCCUCCUGGUUAUAACAUCGUGGGUGCCGAUGUCGAUUCGCAAGAGCUGUGGAUAGCUUCUGUAAUAGGGGAUUCCCGCCAUGCGGCGAUGCACGGCUGCACACCGUUGGGAUGGAUGACGUUAAGCGGAAACAAAACCGAAGGCACGGACAUGCACAGCGUUACCGCAAAGGCAGUCGGCAUCAGCAGAGACCAUGCCAAGGUCAUCAACUACGCUAGAAUCUACGGUGCCGGCCAGAAUUUCGCCGAAAGGUUACUGAAACAGUUCAAUCCGACCAUGUCGGAGACCGAAGCGAGAAGCAAAGCGCGGAAAAUGUUCGACAUGACCAAGGGAAAGAAGUUUUAUUAUCUGACGCGGGAGUAUGUACAUGAAUUUGGCGAUCAUCCGUUCACGAAAUGGCAAGCUAUGGAACUGGCCAAGGCGCACGGGAAAAAAGUGUCGGAGAUGUUUGAAACGUCAAAGUGGGUCGGAGGCACCGAAUCCGCCAUGUUCAACAGACUGGAAGAGAUUGCGAACAGCGACAGGCCUACCACUCCAUUUUUUUUAGGUAUAUGUAUU